CGGGACUUCUUCGUCCUGUCCUAUGGUCCAUACUACAUUCUACAGUACAGGAGGUCGAGGUAUGAACAUGUCGAGUCAUAGCAGCAAACUGCCAGUAAGAAGACGAAAUCGAGCUGGUUGCUUGUUUCUCUCGCGAGAUCUGACAACACUGCGCGAGAACAAGACAGAAGGACGAGGGCAAGACACGAUGGCGUUCCAACCGCCUUUAAACUAAAUAAGAAUAAUAUUGAAGGUGCGGCUGUAUUUAUACCAGCUCUGUGUUCCCAAUCAGCACGUACAUGUACACACAUAUGCUGUUUAAUCGCGUAAAUAUCGUUAAUAAUUGUUUGUAUUCGGAUACAUUAGAUUAGUCUUAGCUCGCUAGUUAGCUUAGCUUGUUAGCUGCUAACAAAGAGACGCGGACGUUACCAACACAUCGCUAAGUAGAGAUCAAAUGUGAGUGUAAAGUGUUGUGAUUGUGUGAAAAUGUGCGAAAGAACGAUAGCAAAGUACGAGGAGGAACUUUGUCCAACAAAAGAGGAGAAGGAGCGACAACAUCAACUUCUGGAGGCUUAUUAUAAGAAACAUCAUCAAGUUGUGUUACACAGAACAGACAUCCAGCAGCCUCCUCACAUUAAAGAGGAGGAGGAGGAUCCACAGCCCCCCCACAUUAAAGAGGAAGAGGAGGAAGUGUGGAUCACUCAGGAGGGAGAGUGUCUUGUAGGGCUGACUGGUGUCUCUGUGAAGACUGAAGAGCACGAAGACAAACCACCUGAGUCCUCACAGCUUCAUCACAGUCCAGAACAUCUCCUACCUGAGGAAGAGGAGUGGAGCUUCAGGAAGGAGCAGGGAUUGCCACAGCUCUCCCACAUUAAAGAUGAAGACGAUGCACCAGAGACCCUUCACUAUAAAAAGGAAGAGAAGGACCUGCUGACUUACCACAUUAAAGAUGAAGAGAAGGAACACAGUAUCAGUCAAGAUGGAGAGCAUUUUGAAGGACUGAAGGAGUUCCCAGUGUCUGGUGUCCCUGUGAAGAGUGAAGAUGAUGAGGUCAAAGGUGAAAGUGAGGAGAAGAGAGAGGCGGAGCCUCCAAGCAGCAGCUCAACACAACACAUGACAACAGAAGCUGAUGGAGACCACCAUACUUGCCAACCCUCCCAAAUUUUCCGGGAGACUCCCGAAUUUCAGUGCCUCUCCCGAAAAUCUCCCGGGACAACCAUUCUCCCGAAUAUCUCCCAAUUUCCAGCCGGACAACAAUAUUGGGGGCUUGCCUAUAUAGCACGCCCGCUCCAGGUCCAUGCGGACCUGAGUGAGGACAGCCUGUCGUCACGUCCACUUUUCCUCCAUAUAAACGGCGUGCCGGCCCAGUCACCUAAUAACACCUACAGCUUUUGGAGAGUGCAGAACUGCACACACAACAAGGAGGAGACGAAGCAGAAGAACAAAGAAGAGACAGUCAUGGCGACGACGAGUAAGAAGAAGAAGUACGCUUGCCAGUUCCAAAAUGAUUGGAAACAAGAAUUUCAGUUCAUCCAGGACAGCUCGAAGGGGGAGGGGUAUGCUGCCUGCAAAUUUUGUAGAUCAGACUUCUCCAUUGAACACGGUGGCCGAAUGGAUAUAGUCACUCAUGAACAGUCAGAGAAGCACAAGGCGGCGGCAACGCAGCACCAGUCACAGCCCAGUGUUAUGGGCCACCUUGCUAAAUGGAGACCCGAGGGUGUAACAUAUGCCGAGACAAAGAUGGCUAUGCUGAUAGCUGCAAGCAACAUCCCGUUCUCAUUUGCGGACGUUUUCAACAAAUCCGUGAAGGAUAUGUUCCCGGAUUCAGAGAUCGCUCGCCAGUACUCAAAUUGCAGAACAAGGGCUACCCAGAUAAUGAAAGGUGCCAUUGCCCCGGAAUUGGACAAGGAAGUGAUCAAACUGUGCCAAAACCAACCCUUUGUUCUGAUGUGUAAUGAAAGCACAAGCAGAAACACGGAUAAAGAGUUUGUGAUAUUGGCCAGGGUUUGCGAUCCGAAAACUCAGGAGGUGGUGACGAGGUUUCUGCACAUGCCAGUGUGCAACAUUGGCACAACACAGAACCUCUUUGAGUCACUGAACACAGUGCUAAGUGACAGAAAAAUUGACUGGAGAAACGUUGUGGCAUUUAAUAGUGAUAAUGGCAGUGUCAUGAAGGGGAUGCACAAUUCUGUUGUCAGUAGAAUCAAAGACAUGCAGCCAUCCCUAAUUGACAUGGGAUGCAUCUGUCAUCUGGUCCAGCUGGCCACAGGAUGUGGCAUUAAGGCUCUAUGCCAGCCUCUUGAAGACAUCCUCAGCAGUAUAUAUGCUCACUUUGACAUCAGUGCCAAUCGUUGUGAAAUCCUCAGAGAGUUUGUGGAGUUCACAGACUCAGAAACUCUGAAGAUACUCCGAUACUGUGAAACCAGGUGGCUCAGCCUGCUGACUUGCAUAAACCGGGUGCUCAACCAGUGGGAUGCACUGCAGGCAUAUUUUGCCAGUCAUGAGGAUGUGGAGAAACCUGGCAAGGUGAAGAUGCUGGCAGAGCAUUUAACCAGCAAGAAGACAAAGUUCUUCUUCCUCUUCCUCUCCCAGGCUCUGAAACCACUGGCAAAGUUCAAUGUUAUGUUUCAGGCUGAAGGAGUGAUGGUUCAUAGGCUGCACCGGGAGAUGACCAGCCUGGUGAGAAGAUUAAUGGGAAGAUUUCUCCCUGCCAGCCUUAUUGCUGAUGUCCCACUGAAGGACAUCAAGUUCAAGGAUGCCAGCCUACAGUUGCCAGACAGCGAACUCUUUCCUGGAGCAGCUGCACAAAGCCUCUUGGAGGACAACAUGGAUGAACUUUCCUCCUCUGUCCCAAUGAUGAUCAAGGCAGUGAGAGACUUCUUUGUAGCUGUGACCACAAAGAUGAUGACUGCAUUCCCCCUCGACAACAUCGUCCUCCAAAACCUGACCGUGUUGGACCCAGAGUCACGACAUCAAUUUUCCCCAAACUCAGUUAUAGAGCUAGGGAAGAGUCUUCCGCAGCUGCGAUUGGACCUGGAUAACCUCCGGGAAGAAGUAGUGGAGUACCAAGUGCUUGGCAGGGAAGAUCUUCCUCAGGAAGCAAGGAUUGACCGGUUUUGGGCCAUGCUAGGGAGAGAUGGAAGAUUCCACACUCUGGUGCAUUUGAUGAAGGCACUUUUGUGCGUGCCACACAGCAAUGCAUCAUCAGAGAGGGUAUUCAGCAUGGUUAGAAAGAUAGUGACAGAGAAUAGAACGAGGAUGGACAAUUCAACCCUAAACUCACUCCUUUCCUGCAAAUUAAAUUUCACAGAUGCUGCCCAUACAUAUGCUCCUUCAAAGGCUGUGCUACUGGCUGCAGAGCAUUGCACUUUCGAAUACAACAAUGAGUAGAGGAGUGUUAUGUGUGUAUAUGUGUAAA